CCCCCCGCUGCACUCACUUCUAUUGCUGUCAGAGGAGACGCAGCUCCACUCAGUACAGCCAAGUCCAUGGAGUCUGGGGGGGAGACGAGCCCACCCAGCAGGGCAGGCUCACGUUGGUCACUCACUGUGGCCCCCAUUCUACUGAUCGUCCUGCUGUCCUGCUGCCUCAUCCUGCAGUCUGUGACUCUGCUCCUCCGAGGGACAGGAGCCAAUCAGCCAAUCAGUGGAGGGGGAACAACACGCUCGGCAGGUACGGGGGGGCCCUGCCCCGAGCCCUGGAUACUGAUGCACAAUAAAUGCUAUUUCUUCUCUGAAGUCACGAUGAGCCGGGAGGACAGUGAGAGAAACUGCACCUCUGGGGGCUCCACCCUGGCACAGGUGCCAACGGGAAAGGGCACGUUGCAGAGGUUAAUAAGGAUCACAGGGCAGGAAUUCUGGGUCGGAAUAAAGGACGUCGGAUCCCACUAUAGUACCGGCAUAUGGAAGGGAAGAUGGGACGACGGCAGAGAAGAAACUCUCCCUACUGGAACUGGUACCUGUGCCAAGAUGGGGGGCACCCUGAUACUGGAGAAUUGUUACACCCCCCUGCGCUGGAUCUGUGAGAGACACGCCCCCUGAGUGGGAGGAGCCAGACAUGUAUCCCUUGGUUACUGUGCAGGGAGUCGUGUCUGGGCCAAUGAACUGCCAGAUUAUUCCUGUACUGUGUGUGUGGGGGGGCCAAGGACUCCGUUAAUUAGAUGUAUAGAAUCAGUUAACAUGUGCUACACAGUGCAAAUAGCUUCUUGCAGCCCCAGGUGCCCGCUGUGCCCACUGCCCGGGCAAAUAAGUACAAAAAUGAAAGAGACCAGUCAAUUACUUAAUAUUCUAAAAGACUGUAAAGUUACAGCUCAAACACCGCUAACUAGUCCACAUGUUAGUAGCCUCUAUACACCUACAGCAGCUUAGGGGGCAGUGGAAGGAUGGUUGCGGGCAGCCUCCCACUACACUGGGAAAGAGAAGGCAUUUUUAUGAAUUUAUUGGAGAUUGUACUGUGUGACAGUUACUGUAUAUACUCGAGUAUAAGCCUAGUUAUUCAGCACCCAAAAUGUGCUCAAAAAG